AUGUCGGGGCCUUCCUCUGCUUGGUCUGGCCCACGGCUUCACCAGUCAACACCGGCAGACGCAGUCCUCUUCCGGAGGGUUCUCCUAGGCCUGAUCAUCCCAGGCGGAGUGUUGACGACUAUUCUCCUCAUCCUCUAUGCCUGUGCUGCCUUGCAACCCAUAUCUCGCAGACAUCUCGACCGUGUCAGCUUCCGGCUCCUUGUCUACGCUCUCGUCGCGCAUCUUGUCUUUUGCAUAUCCUUUCCCAUCUCCACGAUAAACACAAAACCCGGCCUUGCCUGUCAGUUCCAGGCUUUCUUUGCGAAUGGUAGCCUAAUGUACUCGGCGGGGAUGUUCUUCUGCGUGGCCAUCAACCUCCCCCUUGUCCUCGCAGCCAAAGUAAAUGGCCAGCGGAUGGAGAAAUUCUACGUGCUCGGCGUAACCACCGUCUGCCUCGCUUGCAAUGUCACGCCGUUUGCCGCUGGCCGCUUUGGACUGAACCCGGCGAACUUCACAUGCUGGUAUGUCGAUGCCCCGGGCCCGCAGCUCUUUCGCUGGAUGCUUGGCACACAAACGGUGCCGCUACUCCUUACUUCGACGGGCGAGGUCAUCAGCUUUGUGGUGAUAUUGGUGUACUUGGUGGGCUACGAGCUGGAGACCAGGUCCUUUCGCCAUCGUAUCCGGGGUCCUGAAAUAAUGCCUAUGUCAUUACAUCCCACUUCCACUUUUCCGACUCUCGAGCUAAACCUCGAUACUCAUAACGAAAGCAAGCCCGACACAUCUACCCAUGCGCAAAUGACGGAGAGGGAAAGACAGAGGACGAGGUCUGCCAUUAGGGUGUUUCGAAGCAUUGUCCUUCGUAUUGGCCUAUACCCUCUCUCAUCGUGUCUGCUUAAUAUCUCUACCUCGGUCAUCGAUUGGCAUCUUGCUAGUGACCCACAGCGCACUGAAGUGAACUGGCGGGUAAAUCUUGUCGACCUCGCUAUCUACUCCUCUCGUCCCCUCAUCUACGGCAUCCUGGCCGCCACCGACCCCGCAUUCAUCCGCGCCAUGUCUGCGCUAUAUUAUGACUCUCUCACGAGCAGCGACGACCCCGAAAGCCCCUCCCCGAACACGACUACCACCACGAGAAAUGACGGACAACGAAGGACGACACGUAUAUGGUGGCCACGGAGACACCGCUCACGACACGAUACGGGAUACCUCUCGACGAUUGUCGAUUUGGAUUAUGGCCAGGAUUCGAUGACGGCGUCUGCUUUUGCCAGUCCUAGCGCGACAACAAGCAUGUCUACGCCAGAAGAGAGGAGGAACGAGAGAAAGGAGUCUAAGGAAGAGGGUGUUGUCGAGCUGCAGGAUAGCGAGCUGCGGGCGAGACAGCUCCGACCCCGCGGGGACUUGGUGGUGUCAGAAGCUGUCGGGGAGGAUGUCCAUGCUGGGAUCGAUGUGCAGGAAGACGCGGACAGGGAGGCGAUGGGGAGGUUGGUAUCCCAGAUCUGA